AAGUGUGAUAAUGAACAGCCCAGCCCUACAAAGUCCAUCAGAGGAGCUGAAAGGAAUUAGAUGGCCUGUUUUUCUCGUCGUGUCGUCCAACGAAGGAUCAGCUCUCCCAAGUGCCUACAAGAAACCGUUUUCUAAGCGAGAUCCAGCGCAAGUAGAACGAACGAAUCUGGUAAAUUUGUGUAAACUUAUCGUCAAAGAACUCAUCGACUCGUCGGUUCAGUAUGGGCGAAUGCUUGACUCCGAUUUCGUCCCCCUACAACACUUUUUCAUCGUUUUAGAGCAUGCCCUUCGACAUGGACUUCGACCCAAAAAGGGAAUCCUCGGCCCCAAAAAGGAGUUAUGGGACCUUCUUCAAACCGUUGAGAAAUCUGCUAACGAAGCUUGCGACAUAACAGCAAGCGUAAGAGAUCUACCAACAGUCAGAACAAGUUUAGGUCGUGCUAGAGCGUGGAUUCGUCUUGCUCUGAUGCAGAAGAAGCUUGCCGACUAUUUAAAAGUCUUGAUUGACCAGAGGGAUGGUGUUUUACAUGAAUAUUAUGAACCUGGAGCGUUGCUACUCUGUGAUGAAGCUGUAAUUGUCCUAGGACUUCUGCUAGGUCUCAAUGUUGUCGAUUGCAAUCUCUGCUUAAAGGAAGAAGAUCUUGAUAGUCAACAAGGAGUCAUUGACUUUUCGUUGUACUUGAGGACAGGUAGCAAUAACUCUAUGAAUGCUACUAGCGACACGGUGGAUUCCUCCAGUAUGACAGCUGUUCUGGACCAAAAAAAUUAUGUCGAAGAACUCAACAGACAUUUGUCGGCAACCAUCACUAAUUUGCAAACCCGACUGGACGCGACAACAACGAGUAACACGCUCAUGAAAGAAGAACUUGCAUUGGCCAAACUGGCCCUGGCGAAGGCACAAGAGGAAAAUACGCUUCUCAAAGGAUACGUUCGAAAUGAAAGAAGCGAUUCGGGCUCUCAGGAAAUGGAACCGGUCAACGCGACGAAUCAUCGUUCUAGCACCUAUAUGGCGGCCGAAGACGCCAUCGCCGAGGUGAAACUUCUGCUGGCAGAAGAGAAGAAUCACCGACUCGAUUUAGAAAAGGAACUUGAACUUCAGAGGAAUAUGCGCGCCGAAACGGAGGUAGCUCUAAAGCUGCUCGAGAAAGACAUACACGAAAAGCAGGAUACGAUUAUUUCGCUCCGCAAACAACUGGAGGACAUCAAAGUCAUCAACUUGGAAAUGUUUCGCAAAUUACAGGAAUGCGAGCUAGACCUACGAGAAAAGGGGGAAAUGGUCAGUCGCCUGCAGACUAAAGCGGCCCAUAUUUCUCACAUACUGACCAACCUGGAACAAUGGGACGAAUUGAAAUUGACGGCGAAACGGACCGAGGACAAUGUGCGUCGCUCCAUGGAAGAAAACAUGGAGUUACAGUCGCAUUGUCGCACGUUAGAGGAAGACCUACGACUUGAAAAAGAAUGGCGCUCAUCGCUACAAGAGUCGAUCGUGACCGAUCGCACGACCAUGGCCGAGUUGCAACAAAAACUUGAGGAAUCGCAUGAAAUCCGAAUUGAUUACGCUGACUUGGAAGGUAAACAUCAACGACUGCUGAAACUCUGCAAUGAUCAGGAAAAAGCUUUAGAAGAAGUUGGCGUUCGAUUGCGCGAUACCAAAUUGGAGGCAGACACAUUAAAAGAAGCCACCGUUUGGGCUCCCAGGGAUGCGCAGUGGGCACCCGAUGAACAGGUGACUCACUGCGGACUUUGCAACAAGGAAUUUAAUCUCGCUCGUCGUAAACAUCAUUGUCGUUCGUGUGGGGAGAUUUUCUGCGCCGCCUGUUCUGAUCAACAGGCGCAAUUGGCGUCUUCCGCUAAACCCGUCCGUGUUUGUGACACGUGCCACACUCGCUUACUUCAACGUUAUUCCGCCGCCUCUUAAAACAAUCGAUCGCUAAAAAUGUCUUUAUCUUCUUUUUUAACUCCUUUUGCGGAUGAAAUGUUAUUCGACUACAAAUGUCUACUAUAUUGUGCCUCUAAUGCUCGGGUUCCAAAAAAAAAUAAUUUUAUGCCUAUUUUUUAAAGAUUUAUUUUGGGUUGUAUUGAAAGUCUCAAUCGUUAAAAGAUUUGCAUAGAGUUCAAAAUACAUACAUAAAAUAUG